GCAGUGGAAAAAGUUUGUUUUUCUUUCUAGAGGUGUUUGAAAGAAACGGAAUAAAGUGCGAUAAGGGGUAAAAAAGAAGAAGGGAGAAAUGGGUGCCGGAACGCUAUUUUUAUUUAUUGUGUGCAUCACAAAAUGCCUUAGUCCGGUGGCAUAUGCAGAUCAGGGGUAUGGCAAAUAUUACACACCCCCUUAUGUUCCUUCUGCUUGCUAUGGGUACCAAGACGAGGGUGACAUGAUCGGCGCGGCAAGCGACACUCUGUGGAACGGUGGUGCUGCCUGCGGGAGCAUGUACAGUAUUACUUGCAUCGGUGCCACGAACCAGGGUGUGUUGCAGCCUUGUACGGGCCAGAGCGUGACGAUAAAGAUCGUGGAUUACUGUCCACCACCGGGUUGCCAAGCAACUAUCGAUCUUUCUCAAGAGUCUUUCGCCAUAAUUGCAGACCUCAAUGCCGGCAAAAUCGUGAUUGAAUAUAACCAGGUCUGAAGGUGUACUAGGUUAAGAAAGUUUCGGCAUGUACAUAUAUAUGAAUUGGCAGCGGCCUCUAUAUCCUGAAUAACAAGCAUGUUACGAUAAUGUCGUAUGCUAGCAUGAGCGAUGUUGAGCGAUCGAGCGUACUAGUUGUAUGACAUGCUUUUGUUAGUGUGGAAAUAAAAGAAAUCCUUUGAAA